AUGCUGUUGCUCGAGUUCGGAGAGAGGAGGGGAGAACGAAACACCACAAUUCCAGUCAGCGCCACGGAUAAGGUGGGUCCCGGCGAAGGUAAUUACAUGCAGGUGGCUGGCUUGGUGCCUUUGAACCAUGGCAACUGUGGGACCUGUAUGAAGUUCUUUUGUGCACAUAUGACCGGUCCGCGUAGCCUGAUUGCAGCCGCCUCUACCGUAGCUAGCAAACGCUUCUUGACUAGGUUUGGAUAGUUUAAUGGGACUUUGUAAAGCAUUCUGAAGGCCACGCUGGCGUCUACACGGUGGUCUGUGACUACCAUGUGCGCGAGGAUCGAGCUGUUGAUGUUCUUUGUUUGACCCUUUCCUAACCACGCUGAGAGGUGUUUUUUUAUUCUUUUAGAUAAACUCCGGCUCGUGCAACCAAUAUAUUCUGCCCAAAAUGAGCAGGUGAAUGAGUAAAUACACAAUGAGGUGGUCCGAGCUGCGAGUUUGUCCUUGCCCUCUCCGUAUUGGAUGGGGCUAGUGGAGAACACUACAUGGGUGCCAGCUGCUAAAAAGGUUUGUGAUAGAGCUUGAGUUAAGCGUCUUCUUAAAUGUUUACUUGGUGUCCCCCCUUGAAAUGGGGGGGAAGAUACUUUUCUUUCCUGCCGUCAGUAUUGGGGGCUUUUAUGGUCUUUCGGCCAUAUUAUUAGCAAUGAAUCGAUCAGGAUACCCGUUUUGGCGAAAACGACUUUCAAGAAUUAUAAGCUCUUUCUCAACGCUACCAGCUGAGCACAUUCCUCUCAUUCUUUUUGUCAAACAGCAGAGCAAAUUAGGUUUAACGUUUACCGGUAUGAAACUCCCAAACUGGGUGUAUUGUCCGGAUCACGUUUUCGUACUAUAGACGCUACGUCGAAUGCUGCCGUCGGGUAUUCUACUCCAAAGCACAUCUAGAAAGGGAAGUGAACCGGGCUGCUUUUCUUCCAGAGAAAAUUUCAUUGAUGGGUGCGUCUGAUUCAUGUCAUCCAGUACGAUUAAGAGUUCGCUUUGUUUCGGUGCAAUUGCGAAUAUAUCAUGCACGCACCGCCCAUAGUAUCUUAAACCGUUGAUCUGGUGACGUCGAUGGGAAGCUUCUAACUCUCCUAUGAAUAUAUUCGCCAAAAGCGGGCCAAGAGGCGAGCCUAUUGCUACUUCAUUCAUCUGGCUAUAGAGAUUGUUGUCAAAUAGGAACUGCACGUUCGAGGUACACCUCAAUAACAAUUCCUUGAGGGCAUUCAUUGUCAUUCCUAUAUCCUGUUGAUUGUCGACAGUAAAGUCACAAAGGUAAUUGACCGUUUCCGUUACCGAUACGUUCGUAAAAAGGGAUGAGAAAUCUAACGAAAACAUGACCAUUUUGUUCAAAUUGAGGUCUCUCAUGGUGUUACUGAAUUCAAAGGUAUCUCGAUAGCUAUGUGGCGCUGGUUGAUAUCGCAGAAGCUUAAGUUUCUUCGCCAACCAUUUCGCUAUUGCAUGGUACGGCGAGUUCCUCAUAUCGAGAAUUGGACGAACAGGUGCGCCAUCUUUGUGGAUCUUCGGCAAACCGUAUAAUCGAGGUAUAUGUGUACUGACGGGUCGGACAUGCUCUACAUCGUGUUCUCUUAUGCUGUAACAAUCGGGAGAUGGCACCCAAAAUUCCGCCUAACCAAAGCAGCCUGUCUUACGGGACAGGUGGUAAUAGGUGUUCUGUGGGUUGCGGCUGGUCGGGAUGUACGAUACUAGCCGACAGAAAGCCUUAUUUGAACAGAUGAAUGAUCGAAGUUGACCUGUGCUCCGUUCCGUUAUUACAAAAUGGCUGCCGUCUCCCGAUCGUUACCCAUCUUUGUUCUGCCGGAGCUGCUUUAACUUCUCAAUGUGUGACUUCGUCAGCAGGUCCCGAUAUUUCUGACGACUGUUUAGGUAUUGAUAAGAACAAGUGACUACCGUAGACUUAAGAUGUUGUACGCUCUCUGUCGAAACUGGCUGAAGGUCAUGUGGUUGAUUGAAGAGGUUCUCGAAUUGUGGCUCUAACUCUAGCUGGUUGGGUUUCUGGCGAGGACAGCAAAAGUAAGGACCCAACGAUAAGGCUUCAAUCGAUGUUUUAUCGAGAGAUAAGGACGAAUAAUUGUGUACGUACCGACUGGGAUCUUCAGGAAUCUUAGAUUGUGGUUCGGCCUCACAAAUACUCCGCAGAAGGGAAGCCCUCUUGAUUUCUCCACGUUUGUUUGGAAUGGAUUGCACACUCUAAAAGCUUAACUGUUACCAUCCGCCAGAGUGGGCAUAUCCCAUCGACCCCAGGUACCAAUCCAACUCCAUUCGAUACAAUUUUAAAACGCGUUGUCAUCCAUUGAAACUUCAGCUGAUGUCAAUCGAAUUGGUUGCCAUAACAGGGACUGCAUUUAGGUUACAGAUGCCAGACUGAAACUGUUGACCCGCCUACAAGAGCACAACUCGGAAACUCGGAAGCAUGACGCAAACUCUCAAAUCGUAACGCACGUUAUACAGACUGGUCAUCCCUUUUACCUGUGAGGUGCUACCACAAUAAGUUCGAAGAAAUCCAAGGCAUAAUGGCUGACAUUUGAGGCGUGGUACUGAGACGUAAACUCCAUCAAUUGGCGUCUGAACCUUCUUGCAGCUAAUAAAGUCCUGUGUCAUUGCGCUUACAAAAUUCAAGAAAAGAUGAGUGUACAGAACUUAGGAAUGCCGCGCGUAAACAGCGCGACGAAGAGCCGACUCGAGGAAACCGGAAAAGAGCCGCCUCAAGAUCGACCAACUCCGGCAGAAACUCAACCACCGAGUCCUCCGAUGAGGUGGUGACUCACAACACACACACAGGUGAAACGCCCGUUAAACAUCAACCCAGCUGGUGAGGCUGCAAGAUUUCUAUUUUUUAUUCUGUUUACCCAAGUGCAUUUACGCCUUGACGUUGAUGAAUUGACGGACCUCUCUGAAACUUCGGCGUUCUGCUUGAACUGGUUCAGUUAACCUUUUUUAUUAGAUUAUCCCCCAGGAUCUUUCGACUAUGCCAACCUAAACGAAGAUGAAAUUAUGGUUAUGCUAACCUUUCCUUAUCACAUUAGUCGACGCCUACCUCCAAAAAUCCUUUUACUCCACCUCAGCAAAAAGAACUCGUUAGAAAUAUCAUAAGAAGGAGCAGUCCAUAUGCAACCUUAGUCAAGGCGUGCGUGGAAAUUAGCCAGUGCUACUUGCGAACUAGUUAACUGCUAACGCUUUAGAUAAUGCUUUUAUAAAACACCGAACUUUGAGGAUGAAUGUCCUAGCAAAAAUUAUAAAUUAGGUAAACAUAAUGUAAUGCAAAGGUUUUUUCGAUGAUUUUUAGUAACUGUUUUUGGUAUUGAUGCACUGCCAAAAAUAAGGUAAACACUACGAACUGGUAAAGACAAAAUGCCAAUUUCUUGUUGAAUCUGCCCAAACCUCCUACUGUGUACACUUACGUAGUCAGCUUUAUGGAUGGGAAGGAAAAGGAUAAUGGACAUAAAAGACCGUCAUGAAAUUUUCAUAAACCUUUGCCCUAAGCUGCAUAUGUCAAAAUGCAGGUGCUAAGUUCAUAAUGCAUUCGAUCAUUAUUAAAGGGCUUACUUACCGAUCUGACAUAUCUUAGGCACCAGCUUCGGAUAAGAAAGCUUAGGAAUAUAGCAGGUGAGCUGUAACCGACGACGUCGUCGUGGAGAAGACUUGAAUAAAACAAGCAGACGUGUGUUUCUGUUAUUGCGUGACAAAAGUACGGGGCUUCUUUUGCCGUUUGUCCCCUGGCCUUUUCUAUGCAUAUUUAACUUCAGGUUGUUUUGUUCUGCCUCGUUAAUGUCUCUGGAGGUUUGAGUUAUUUCGUAAGAACAUUUUUUUCUCUGACAUGAGGAGGUUGCUCAGAAUGUUUUGAUUGAAGUCCUUUAAUCGCGGCGGAAUAUCCGCGCCAUAUUCAUAAAUUCUCAACCGCACGAGUUGUAAAAAUUAAGUGCUCCAUGAAGAUCUAAGUAACCUGAUCCGAAGCUAGGACAACCAUGUUGUCGUCUUGUCGUGCUCCAAAUUAAUCAUUUUUGUCUGAGUUAUAUGAAAUUGAACUUGAAUGAUCUUAUGAAAAAAAGAGAGUUCUGACAGUCAUCUGGUCACAGUUUAUAACGCAAUGGCCCCCAACACUCACGGCAUCAGUAACGGUCAGCCCGACGCGGAACUGUAGAUCUCAGAAUAAACGUUUAAAAUAAUAAAUGCUUGCAAGCCAAGUGCGUAAUUUACAUUUACCCUACAAGCUGCUCAUUACAGUAGCAUGUUCUUAGCGCAACUUCCAGUAACAUGGGUCUUCCCGAUAUUGGUCGGUUAUGUGUUUUCUUUGGCUAGCCAGGCUAGGAUAUUGUGACAUGAAGAUAGCGCAAAUAUUACUUACAAUCGAACAGUCUGAAAAUUAACCCAAAAUAUCAAGCGAAAUAACAAGCGAAGCUGAUUGCAUGCCUUAACGAUAUUCACUGAGCUGGCAAUCAUUGACAACCAUCUAACUGGCUGGUCAGUGUGUAACGUAAAAUUGCCGGUUUGGUGGGUCUACCAAUUCCCUUACUGGCUUAUUUACUAUGCGUCUCAACACGCGUACUGCCAUUUACUUUGUGAAGAGAAACCUAAUCGGGAAGGCAUCUGCUGCCGGCGUGGUCGAAAUGUCUUCUGAUGAAUCACCGUUUAUUUUUACAAGACCUUUACUCAGAUGCCGGCUGGUUUGCGACUCAAACUGGCCAAUCAAGUAUCCAUUGGCCUCUUAUUGGCUUUUAACUUUGAGCGUCCCUUUGCUUAACGGCAUUAAUUUUUUCACUCGUAUAUCCAAUUUUUCUAAGAACCAAAGAGAGCGCUACACUGCAAAAUCAAUGCGGUAAGUACAUUCAUUUACAAACACUGGAUGUAUUAUAGCUCUAGACUUACAUAUAAUAACAGAAAGAUAAUUUUUUGACUUUCUUUGCAUUUUACUCUGGAAAUGCACUUAAAAGCGACUUGAUGUACACAUCGAAUACAUUUUUACUCGUAUUUCUAAUAAGGUAAACGUUCAUCUUGCAAAUGCCUGUAGAUCUUAGAUACUGUCUAGCCGGGCGUUUGCUGCGCAGUCACGAUUUACUCCGAUUUGAUAGUCAGAAAUGCAGCUGGUUGACGAUAAACGUUUAAUUUUAUAUUUUUUGGGAAGGCAUGGUUUAUUAUUUAAAAUCAGAGCCAUUUUGUUGCACUAUAAGGAAAAAAGUGCGAGUUUUCCAUUCGGUAGUUUAAACGCACAUAGACAAGUGAAAGAAGAGAUAGCUUACUUUAGCUGCGUCAGUCUUGACAAAAUAUCACAUUUUAUCCUUUUAUCUAUCAUUACACAACGUCGAAGGUCCUAUUUUGAUAGACAGUACACGCGCUUAGUAUCGCAUUGUCAAUCGGACGCUGUAAUGGUUGAUUUUAUGAGGGAAGAGCCUUUUUGCUGUGCGUACUUUUCCACGUAAUGCGUGCAGGCUUUUGUAAAACUUUGUUCGCUUGCACAUUCCUUUGAAAAGCGACGUCGAUUUAGUUCACUCUAGAUCACUGUUUUUACGCAAAAUUGAUAAGGCGUUUAACUUAGAGUGUCCACGGCUUUUUGUAGUUAAAACCUUCAGAUUAGGAGGUCAGAAGCCACUAGGAUUUUCGGCAUUGACAGAAAAUUUUAAAAUCCCCUCAAAGAUAAAAAGCAGCCUUGGAGUUGAAUUAUCGGAAGGUCAAAUUUGGCAAUUAAGAUCUGUUGCAUUUCCCUGGCAUUGCAAACUUUUAGCCUGGAGAACAUGAUUUAAAGGAUCAACCCGUUUGUCCUCCAAAAUUACACUGGAUAGUUAACAGCAAAGGGGAAAUGAUUUUGUUUAUCUAAUGCUCCAUCUUAAACAACAAGAAGCAUAAAGCAAAAUACGCUAUUCGUUUUUUUCUUUUUGUGCCAUCUGCUUGGAAUAAAGGGUAAUUUGGUGCUCGAUUAAGAUGUUUGAAAUUACUUAUUUUUGGCAAUUAUCGUGGCACGAGAAACUGUGGUGCUAUAAAAGUGUACACAGUUUGGUCAAGGAGAGUGCCUUCUCCAAAGGGUUCACAUCGUAGCAACCGAGUUAGUUUCCAACGUCUUAUGCAUUUCAAUACCAGUUAAUACAAAAACAAAGUAAAUUAGAUGGUCAUGAGCCGUACAUGAGCUUUUAAUGAUUUGUGGUAUUUUUGAGGAACAUGUCAAAAUAAUUAUUUUCAAAAUCCCCUAACACUCCGCAACCUUUAGUAUCAUCGUAAAAGCAGUUCACUGAUAAGUUAUCAGACUACGCUCGCCACAAUUUUUUCCUUCCACGAACACUGUAAUGGUUAUUUCGAUCUAUCUCUUGCUUGUACGUUCCCCUUUUGCAUUGCAAUGUCUAGGUUGUGUACGAUUGCAACACUGCAAAGCUUGUUUCUUUACAAAAUCAGAUUGGUCAAGCGUCACAUCCGCAACAAGGAACUGGCAUAAGCUGUGACUUGCUGUGUCCAUUUUGAACUAGGUUUAAAUUGCGUUAUACAAACUACAGUGGGGUGAAUGGCAAAGCAAUGUAAUCAGCUUGAGGUGUGCAAAUGAUGAUAUGAUGUUGGCGAAAGACACACCCAUUUUUAAUAUUAUUUUCGAAUAUUUUACUGUUGCCAUGUCCGUAAGCGAUCCUUAAUCUUGAUUAGGGGAACCCAGAUAAAAAUGCCCAAUAUCAUCCGCCCGAAACCACACUGGGUUUGUAUACACUGUGUGUUAAACUUUCUACUUACAAAUAAGGUAUGCUUUGGAAUGCCACACUUCUCCUGAACAGGAGUUCCACCUAGGGUCCCAAUAGCAAUAAUAAUGUUUCCGGUAGGGCAUUAAAGCAAGUAUCACCGUUAUGUGAGUGGCUUUGCGCUAUAUUCAGGUAAUUUGUUGGGAUGUUUAUUAGGUUAGGGUUAACGGUUUUGAACGGAAACAGAUAUCACUGGAAUUAAGAACGGAUGCAUCGAUUAUUUACAGGGGAAACCAAAUAUCCUUAGCAUGACCUAUGUCUAAAUCAAGAAAAGUAUAAGCAGCAUGUGAAUUAGAUGUAUUCUUGAAACUGUGUUUUGGACAUUUGUGUUUCCUGUAGAUAUUGGACUAUGUACGGGCUCGAUCAGUUUUACUUCAAAAGUGACUGAUAACCACAUAGAAUGCACAGGAUUAGUUACUGUUUUUUAAACGUCAUCAUGUUGUCUAAAUAAUAAAAAAUCCUAAAAAAAACAAAGUGUCAAAACAUACGUGCGUCAGGUAGUUCUGUACGGCUUCUUAGUUUGAUAACUUAGAAUUACGUAGGCCAACUAAAAAGCAGGAGUUUUAAUUAGCUCAGAAUACUUGAUUUAAUUAAUCGUAUGAUAUAACGAUUCUAAAACCAGUUCUCACUGCAAUCGCAUUUAAAAAGUCCAUCGGCUUUGCUGUUUCAUAAGUUGAACAGGAAUAACCUGUGCAGCUCGCAAAGACUUUUAGUUAACUGCAUGGCUCAUCACAUCGCCAAAAUAUACGAAUGUAAUAUUACAGCUUUGACAUUUCUCCUAACAUCAGUCAAAAGAGUCUUCAACUCACCUACAGGAAGAUGAUUGCUUUAAGUCCAAAAUCGGAAUAAUUAUUCAUGAAGAGUAAAAUAAUGGUUGCAGAGAAGAGAAAAUGCUGCAAUCAAGCGGUAAAUGUUGCCAUUCGCAGAAUUCAACAGGAGUAAAAUUUGUUUCGAAAUGCAAGGGAACCUUAAACUGAUGUAGACGUUGAUGUCAUUGGCUUAGUGCAAGUGCCGCAUACGACGGGAUGUUUGUUGCAUAUGCACAGCAUGCGUCAGCAGUAUAACACACUAAUGCGUGUUAUUUGUAAAUUAGCAGAAAGUUUUGGGAUUUUACGCUAAAUUAAGUCACAGUUAAAGAAAUCUGAAAUCACCAUUGUGUGGCUGACGUUUUAUUGCCAUAUAAUCAACUUCAACCAUAAGAAGGAUGGGUAGUAAAUAAUAUUUGCUUAGAAAGGACCGAAAGCAAGCUUAUCGGAAAUGAAUUUUACCUAUCAGUUCCAACUAAAUGCAGACAGGGUCUCUGAAAUUUCAACACGCUUUACUUCAUCACUGGCAUGGAACACGUUGACGUAAUGCAUAAAAAGACCGAAAUGUAACAGCGAGUUUUGCAAGGUGGCGAUGAUUCGUUUUGCUUGACAUCCAUUAAACAAACACCUAAAACAUCCGUAAAAAUCAAAGUAAAAUUGAAAAUGGCGCCUUUAUUUGGUGGUAACAAUUAGUUUUUUUAUCCUCAAAUAAGUUUUAAUAGCGUUUUCAGCAAGGAGGUACUCAAUGCAAACGGCAAAUAUACGCGCAUCAUUAAAUCUGGGGAAUUUUUAUCGGUUUUUCGUAAAAAAGAGGAGGCUCCUCUGACGCAUUGUUUUUUGCAAACCUACACAAGAAAACGCACAAGAUUUGGGAAAUUUGAUUUCCUUGAGUGUUUUUGGCGAGAAUGCUGAAUUUUUCAAAUAAUUAACUAAUUGCAAAACGUGGCUAUCUACCACAGAGUAUGCCGCCAUUCCGAAGGCAAAGUCACAGUCCUCCAGACCUCCUACCUAAGUCAAACGAUCCCCCACACCUAUUGCAUCCUCCAUCAAACGCCACCUACGUGGCUCCGUCCGAUGGGGAAAACAGUAAUGGGAUUCAGGGCGUCUUCAUAAGGCCGCAGACAAAACGACAACCAGUGAUUCUGGAACGCCCACAAGUGAUGGAAACCUCGGCUGAAAAGCACCCUUUCUUCGUGGGUCUGACCGCAUCCACGCACACCCCAGCUACAUAUAAAAGUGAGUUUCUUUAAUAUACCGGCCUAUUCGCUUGUUGACGGAGAUUACGUUACUGACAAGUACUGUUUAGACAACGGAGAAUGUAGCCUGGUUGUAUAAAGUUAAGUCUAUUGUGUAUGAAGACAUUAAGCUGUGUAAUGCAAUGUCGUCAUCCAAAUUUUUAAGAGAUUCAGGUCGAUGUAAGGGUAAGGUGCUUUUCUAAGUCCCGAAAAGUCAGUACAAGUACAAUCUGUUUAAUGAAUCCACUCCCUCUUCGUCUUUCUUUUUUCGCCUUUUUUCUCAUUUGAAUAAUAGUAAAAUUGGUAUAGAAAUGUGCACUUUAAAAACUCGAAGCUAAUUGUUUAGGUAACUUGAAGAGCAAGUCAAAACUGAGGGCAGAUAGCGUCUUAAUUUUAAAUAGAAAGGUCCAAUUAAAAGACAAUGUGUUAGUCACUGGAGUUAGUGCUAAUUUUUGAAGGAAAAAAUGAUUUAUAGAGUUUCAAGCACAUUUACCAAAACGAAUAAGGUAUUAACAUGAACAAUUUAUGACUUGCCAAUUACCGAAUAAAAUUAGAUCCCAACGAAACAGCAGACAAUUCCAUGCCGAUUUUUCCUCACUCAUAAAGCGGACAUCUUGCGGAAGCCAAAUUAUCCUUUAUUACCUUUUUACUUGGGACAAAGUUCAACAAUAAUGCAAUGCAAGUUUAGGCCUGUAAAGCCGCAGACAUGCACAAGUAAUAUUUACCAUUCUUCAUUGGCGCUUAAUUUUGCCUAUGUCCAUUUUCGAGCCGAAACUUUGCUUGCUUGCUAUACGUAAGAUCAAUCUAACAACAGUCCCCUUUAUGGAGGUUUGUCCGAACACCAUCACUUCGUAUUUCUAACUCCAUUAAAAAACAAUUUCAUGAUCAAAGCUGGAGGUCAUAUGAUCGCUUUUGGGAUUUCUGGUGAAAUUAAUUGGUGUUCAAUUAAUUGUAUGGAGGGGGUAUGUACCAUAUUAAUUACUUAGCCACCUUAAUUGACAACAACAAUCUAUGUUUUACUAUUGAUUUUACAGUGUCAGACCUCAUAAGGCAUAAUUAUUUGUUUAAAAUUUCCACCGUGAAUUAAUUGCCUGUUCAAGUUAGGUGCUAGUACUUUUAUAUCAAAGGAAAUGAUGAAGCUUAACAAACAGAUUUGGUUAACACCUUAUGCAAAAUUUUGUUCUUCAAACAAUUCAUUAGCAUUUAACCGACGUACAUGACUAUAAGGAUGUUUAAAAUUCAAAUACCGUCAUACAUUCGGAAUUCUGCCUUAUUGCAUUUUUACGACGAAAAAUAGUCAAUUAACCGAAUAGUUAUACCCUAAAAAGCAUAAAAUGUGCAUAAUGCGAUAGCUUGCCAAUAUUUCUGACAUCGCGCUAAGACGUCAGGUUAAAGCGAGUAAACCGGGCCUCAUGUAAGGACAUCUCACGAACCAUGCGUUUUCCAUAAACCAUUACAGUUUUCACGCACAAAUACCACUUCGCAGAUAAUAUUGCAUUUGUGUGUAAAAAAAUUACAUGUGAUUUUUAUAAUUUAUCUUCGGAACGUAAAAGUAGCGCAGCAGGCGUAACUAGCGUCAAACGAUGAGUUCGUCUUGAUCUAGUUAAACACCGAAUCUACAUAUUAGCAAACCGGCAGAUUUUAUUAAACCUUUUGUUUUUAUUGUGACAAAAAGUCAAAAAUGCAUAAAGUUUUCUCCUGAAAACGAGCUAUUCACCGAAAAUACAAACUAAAAGACCUGCUGAAGAAUAAUUUCGAAGAUAUUUGUAAUAGUUUACAACACAGACAUGGAAAGGCCUUAUUUCUGUCAUUUCAAUGGUCAGGAAACGAGAUACUAAUGGUCAUACCCCUCGAGCAGUCUACUGGCAUUUACCGCAAUGUUCUGCUUUUCAGAAUUCCAAGGUACUUUAAGAAAUCAAAUAAUAUAGUGAAACAACCAACAGAUACAUAGCAAGAUAUAGACGAAGUAACUACUGUUGCUAUCAAAACAUAACCACAUGCGUUUUCUUACGCCAACUUGGAACUGUCUAACGAUUUCGCCAAAGCUUUCAUCAGCCUCAUUACAAGGCCUCAGUUUCGGUCGACAAAUUUUCAUUUGAAGAGGUCUGAGGUCUGGGGGUGUAUGUUAACAUUGGAUGUAGUGGCACAAAGCCCAUAGAAAUGAAGUCAAACUAAGGAAAUAUUGUUCUCCAUCCUGACCGAAAUGGUUUCGAUAGACGAUUUUCAUUAUAGAAAAAAACCUUGACUACCACGAAGAAGAGGAGAACGUAAAAGUAAGCGCUUGCAGGCCUUUUAAACUUACGGCCAAUGCUUAGCGAAGAAAUGCAGAAACUUUUGAUUUUUGAGUCAACACAGCCUGCCAACCUUACUUGUUUGCUUCAGUAAUUGCUUUUUGGACGGCUCUUGAUGUGUCUUCCGAAAUCGUUCCUAUAUUGAAAUAUUCGCCAGAGACAUUCGUUUAAAAUUUGCGCUUCCAUUGCAAACUGAGUUAUGUUUUUAGAAAUUCAGCUACUGAAAGAGCUAAUAGAAAGUGAUUUCUUGCAGAACGCUUGAAUUCUGAGUGAUGAAUCCGCCGGAUCUCAGUGUGUAUUGUUUAUUUGGAUAGAAGCGCGGCUUUCAUACUAUAAACGAGAAUCGUGGACACACGCCUCUUUUAAAUGUUUUCUCCGAUUAGUUGAGAAAUAUUUUGUAUUUUUUUCCAUGACUGAUUCACUUGUGAAGCUUUAGAGGCAAACAGCGUGUGACUAAAGGAUGCAUUUCGCAUUUACCAUGCUAUACAUUUUUAGUUAGCCUGGUUUUUGGGAAAUAGGAAAAACAUUUUUUCUCAUUUCGAAAAGUGUUUUUGCAAUUCCUGUUUUCAUACAGCUUCCAACAUUUUAGCUGCCGCCUAGGCUGUUUUUGUCCGCAUCGUCAACAUAGUUUUUCUGCGGAGGUUCCGUAGUGCCUAGAGAAAGCGCGUAAUAUUCCCAUCAUUUGUUUACUGCAGUAUGGGUGAAUCUAUUUUUUCUUAACAGUCAUGGCGCAGUGGUAUGCGUUUACAACAUUUUAUCAAGGAGACUAAAUAAGAUACAGAAAUAUAUGCCCUUAGGAAAAUAAGAAAACUUUAUCGUCCCUAUUAUUCCGUGUUUGUUUGCUUUUUGAAUGCCGGCGCAUAAACUGAUCUAAAGGACAUAAAUGCCCCAAAAUCUGCUGAAAUGUGUAACCCAUAUGCAGAGCUAAGCACGGUUUAAACUGUGUAAUUACGCUUAACUGAAUAAUCUAGGCAAACCAAAAUCUUAUGGCACUUACAAAUUCAGUUUCAUUUUGUGAAAGACCUACUUAGAAAUGACCAAACUUUCCAAAAAUUGCGUUUUUGUAAAUCAGUCGCACCUUUGUUUCAGAUAUGUACUGACUUGUGAUCCAAACUCUUUAAGCGAAUUUCAUUUAUAUCAUAUUUUUUCAUGAAUUCUGAUAAUAAAUUAACCAAAAGCCGGACAUUUUUUUCCUGUCAUUUGUUACCUGCAUAGUUCAUCUUGGCAGUGAAUGAAAGGGCAGGCACAUGGACCGUUUAAUUUACUAUCAAGGGCUCGCUGUGGGUUUCAAUAAAGAUGCAUUCCGUUUCAGUUGCAUAAGAGCAAGAUUAGGGGAAUUGACAGAUAAAGCCCUUUGAAUAGCCGUUUUAUUAAUAUUUUCGCAGCAAACAGACCUCCAUGCGUGUUAGCACGCGAAAAUUUAACGAUGUUCUUGUAAAAUGCAACGGCAUAUGUUGGCUUAGACGUUGUGUGUUUGAGAAGCAUGUUAUGGCAGUUCACUCGUCGGAAUUACAUAAGUUAACGUUUUCUCACGACUGGCGAUCCGUAAAAGGGAAUCAUUUUGGAUUUGCAGUUUGGCGAAAUUCCCGCCAUCAGCAGGAGGAGUUUAGAAAGCACCAGAUUAACUAGAAAAUUACAGAAGAGAUGACGUUUUUAGUAAGAUAAAAUCAUUUGUUCUUUGUGCAUGUUGGCAGAGACUGCCACAAACACAGGGGGGAUUGGUAUAUCUUGUCAUCUGAUUUCACUGAACAAAGUUAGGGGAAUAACAUGUCAAGUGUAGCACUCACCUCUCAACUUUGGUUCAAAAUAAUAUGGGCGAGAAAAUAUUUCGGUUAAAGGCAAAAGCGCUAAACGUACAUGAAAUCGUACAAAAUACAAGGGAAUUGCCUUGCAUGAAACAUGUUUCUAGAUGUAUGGUCAGUAAUGGUAGAGGCUGGAAAUUUCUGAUGGAAAAAUAAGGAUGUUGAUGUUCAAAAAAAACUUUGUUUCUUUGGUUCUAACGCACUUGUACGCCAACGUUCUGGGGUCGAUGUCAACCCUUUUGCUUUACCUUAAAAAACCAAUUGUAAUAUUACAUAGGUCAACUAGAUUUGUUGAUAAUCAAGGGUUUUUCUUGCAAACUUAUUGCAAUGCAAUCCCCUCUUAUAGUCACUCAUACGCAAACGUUUCCACCAGCGGUUCGAACGGUUGUGUGCAGAUAAUAUCCGGACAGAAAACGAGAGAUAAUAUCUCAUAGGACUGCUCUGUAUGUAUUGAUGCUCACCGACAAACAACGUCUUUUAGUAUUUGCCUGUCAUGCACGAUAAUGUGUAAUUUAUUGGCUAUAUGUGUGCAGAUGCUGAAAGGUUUAUCAAAGGUUCCGUGCAUUACUCUCUAACUGUGCAUUUUUUUGCGGAAAAUCCAGACCAAGUUGCCUCGAAGGCGUUGAUUAUUACACUCUCGGUGACUUUCGGUCUGAUUUUCAUCUUCUGGUGCUGCAAACGCUGUCUCCCCAAACGCAAAAAAAGACGCAAUGGCAAAAAGUCAACGGCUAUUGAUGCGGAAGACACCAAGGCGAUCCGCUUUGCCUCCUCGCUUACAAAACAAUUGGUGAGAAAGUCACUUAAACACUUUUUACAGCUUUUAGUCCCCUGUGCAAUCGCAGAGAAUAAACAAAAAGGAAGUAAAAAACAGUUGUUUGAAAGCCCGGGUUUUCAAUCGAGCCAUUCGACCGCUGCAGGCCAGUCACAGUGAACAGAAACAUCGUAGUCUUCAUUAGAAUUACAUAAGAUGGCUUACACAGGUGAUUUGCACGCAAACCAAAACGCUUGCAUGCCGUCAGUUUACUUUGUGUCCCACGCGGAACGGCAUAAAAGCGGUCCAGUUAGCGCAGUCAGCUGUAAACCUAUAGUCAAUUCAUGCUACUGUGACACUACUUAAUCCCUUUCCUUUAUGUUACUUUGCCUGUUAUGUAGCUACACAUUGCUUCAUCGCAAACGCCUAUAAUUCGGGCCAACAGAGCGAAAAAAUGCGUCUUCGUAAUGAUUUCUGUAAUUAACGAAAAAUACGCGUGUAAAGAAUCCUAAUUUAUUAUUAAUAACCACUGUUAGCUCUCACUUUAAUUGAUCCAAUUAGCUGCCCUUUCAAACAGGACAUAAUUAACGUUUCUUGUUUAAUUAUUUUGCAAGGAGGACACGGAAGGCUUGACGGCAAAUAUGGAAGAAAAUGAGGACAGCUGCAACGACAAGCAGGGCAAGAAAAAGGCUGAUCUUGGGUCGUUGCAAUACUCCGUGGAAUUUGACUUCCAAAAGAAUGAAGUGAGUAGAUUGUGCAAACGCAUUGUAGACUUUGCUGUGCUUCACACACUGCUUAUUUGACUUACUGCCCCGUCAGUCUGUUUUAUCUACGUAACGAUCGGCGCCGCCGCAAAUGAAUUUCGGAAAUGCGAGUUUUAGGGUACGGGGUUGUGUGGUGACAUCAAUAUGCCCUUUAAAAUAAUGACACAGAGUCCAUCUAUACGUCUCAAUAGGUCUUUGCACAGGAGAUCAUUAUUUUUUGAUUACAGCCUAACACCAAGGGGUGAUUAAUCAAGGAUUCGUACUAUGCUUUCCAUGCGAAAACUGUUCCCAAACAUUAUUUUCAACACCAGUGAUUAAUUAGAAAUGAAUAACUGUGAGUAAAGGCAAGAAAGUAUUGCAUAAUUGCCGACUGACUUAAAGUUCUGGCGCCUGUGGCAUCGUUAUAAUGUCAGCCAAACAUUAUUUGAUGUGUAAAAUUAAAUAAUCGUAAAGAUAAUUAGCACAUGUAAAUGUACACCAAUGUGCGUUAACGUCCUAAAUGUGUAUGAUUUUCCUUGGUUAAAUUCACUCAAAAACGUACCACCAUUAUGAUGCCGUAGCCUGACGUUUGCCAAAUGUUGAUUAUUUUUAUCACCUUUACCGUACGGUCAUCUAUGAUGCCAUUUAUAAAUGCAUGUGCCUAGAAAGAGUGCAUAUGGGCGUGAAUAUCUGAUAAAACUCAAUGAUACGGUGACUGAAGCACCGAUGGAAUACUGAUUUCUCAGCACGUAUGCAAUGUUAUUUGCUUUUUUCACAUUUACUCGAGUCCGUCAACAUCAAAAAUAUACUCAGUUAAGUUACCUUGUUUUCCCAAAGAACGUAUUUGCUUUCAAAAUACACAUUUCUAUAUAUCAGUGGAGAAACAGCUGAGUCUGGUGCUAGGCUCGGCUUACUUCAGCCAAUCAUAACGCUGACCACCAGCUGGGAGCGAAAACUCGCGCUCACACACCUGGCACAACUGGGUGCACAACCUGGGUCCCUUAGAUGGUGGCCCUAGCCGAUAGACAGGGUUAUAAUUGACUGGACAAAAACAAGCAAUCCCAAAUGAGUUUUCUAUUAAUCUACUCACAGGGGUCAGUCGUUUCCUCUCUGCUAUCAUAGCUUGACCGAUCUGGGCCUGGAAGAUGGCUGGCUGUUCGUGACUCCUCCGUAAGAAGCCCGUUUCCUUCGGGAAGCCAAUGGAUCGGUGUAAGCCCAUUUCUGAGUGAGUGUGUAUAUACUGCGGCGAUGAAACAGAUCGCCUAGUUUGAAGGUCUCGUUAGUAAAUCGUUAGACAUUUUGUUCAUGCGGGGUCAUUAGUCCCUUGCUAGCCAGCACCGCUAUAUGCCGAAUAAUUUACUGACAAAGUAUUCAUACAUAGAAAACAGGAUGAUAAAGAGUGUGAAAGUGCUGAUUAAUACCAUGUCGUCAUCCGUCGAUUACGGUUUUCAAAGAGAUUUGUGUCUGUAUUUGUAAGUGCCAUAACCCCUAACCCUGACGCCUAACAAUAACUCCUAACAUUAACUCCUGACGCUAUCCCAUAACCCUAACGCCAGCAGCACUGUGUCCAUCGGGAGGGGCUAACAAACCACAUCUUACCCUUAUCUUAAGCAAUUGAUCUAUCGCCGCGACAGCCUAUAUCAUGUGUGGGUUCUUAUUUCGCUUAAAUACAUUUUCAAAAAGCAUCUUUAACAUAGCGGUUUGUUUAUGGGCUACCAUUGUGUACAUCGUUUUAUAAAACAAAUCCGAAAAAGCCCUUAAAAUAUUCUUAUGGACCUAAUCAAUUUAGUGACAACCCUACGGCUUGUGAAUAGGGUGAAAUUCCUUUUAGGUUGUCUAUCUUUAACAGUUAAUUUAAUGUUUUCAUCUCAUAUACUGCAGAAUCAUUCAACGCAAAAUGCCCAUUUUAUGGUCAGUCAAAUCUCAGCUAGAGCAGAACGACAGAAAAAGAAAAUUUUGACAGUUUUGUAUGCCAUGGUGUAGCGGUUAUGACUUUCUGGAUUUCAUUGUAAGUGCUGAAAGUAGGCAAACACAUUUGCAAGCUCCAUAAUUAUGUAUUUUGCUGUUUAGUCGCUCUGGCGUUUACAACUCGCUCAGAAACGUCAUUUGCAGUAGGAAAGUCUUUUCUUUACAGAGCAGAGUAGCUGAUGAGAUCUCCCGGUAAACAUUUAUUAGUAUGGUUCAUAAAUAAGUUAUUACAUGAGGUCAGCCGUUUUCCAGCAAUUAGAAAGCAUAAACUGCGGGUUAGACCUACUGACUCUUCCGAUUUCGGUGAUCCUGCAUUAUCAGUUUUCCCAUCUGCCGAACGCGACUGCCAAAUGUGGCGCAUUUAUUAAUUUAGCUUACUCUUUGUUCUCCGUGAACUCGCGUCAUUAAUUUUUUUUAAAUUGCGAGUGAAAUUGAGAUUUUUAUAAAAAAACCGAGCCCUAGUACACCAUGCGUCGUUUGCUAAUCAAGUCACAAUCACGAGUAUGAUAGUUGUCUUAGUAAAGUGCACAGUUAAGUAAACGCUAUCUACACCGAACUUUUUAGACGUUGAUGAUAUGAUGACAGUGCCUUCGUAAGCAUUGAUGUCCAUUUCAUUACGAAUGUGCCUGCGGAUUUAAGACAAUUUGUAGGUGCUACGGCUUCCCUUAUAAUUGCAUAAUUUUCUGUGCUUUAGGGGCCCGAUGUGUAAAUUAUCCGGCGUAAGCCAGUAGCAAGUUAAUAUCUAUGUGCUUAACUUUAUUAGUUCUUAUUCCAACAGUAUCACAUGCUACGAGGCGCAGAACAAUAACCGAGCUUCCUUAUUAUAAGCACGCUGAAAAAAAAACUCGAAAAAGUAUGCUCACACUGUUUGGUUAUUUUUUGGCGGUUACGCUCCACUAGCGAUUACUCCUCAUAUCUAAAAGGUCAAAAACACUUUUAAUACAUGCAACUGAUUAUAUCAAACGCUAAAUUAAAAAAACGGUGCAUCAGAAUUUGAAACCUUGUGAUUUACCCAACGUCGUAAUCCAUUGAUUUAUUGUUUUUAAACUCGUAUACUUCCACGAGGCUAAAUAGAUUUUAAAAAAGGAAAAUUUGCAGUGCCUCGUUGGUUUAUCUCCGGUAACCCACGGUUGACCAAUUAGGGCAAAAGUCGUUCGUAUCAUCUUAAUGCUUACCCACCUAUAGAACAGUUUUCUGUGAAAACAUUUGAGUUAGACACGGAAAUAUAGAUCGCCGGAUUGCUGCAAUUGAUUCGUAUUCCACGUUCUAGCUUUAAACUUAACCAGGGGAGCAAUUCUCCUGACUCUAACCCUGACAUAAAUCCUCAAAUACCUAACCAUCCACUGGAUCUCUUUAACUCUAAUUCAACUCCUUACGACCAAAACUCUAACCAAAACAUUAAACUUUCACCUAAAGCUAACUGUUAUAACAAUUCGCACUGAAUUGCAACUCCCCCUCCCAAGAAUUUUGGGCAAAGCCACCUAUAUUUCAAUACUUAAUUGUGAUUUGCGUGCGGUUACGAUAGUUUGAUCAAUUUUAGCCUACAACCAAUCAUUUUGUAUGCUUAUGGGCGUCCUUAACUUAUCACUUACUUGUUUCUCCUUAUUAGGCGCACCUACGAACCACGCAUUGCAAAUGAUAUACGGCGUGUAUCCCCUAAUGAAUACCGAAAACUUCCAUUAUGUCAUGUGCAUGUGCUUGAGUCGGGCAACUGUUUUAUUUUGACGUUUAAAAUAGGCGACGUGAUUGCAGUUUAUUUUGUCUAAUGGGCGACAGUUUGCUAACAUAGCAUGCUUGUGUAGACGAUUCUUAGUCGAAGGCCAGAAUGAACAACAGGUUAAAGUUUUACCCUAGCAGACACAUUUUACUCUUCUAUGAAACAAUCCCACCAUUUCCUCCACGGGAAAUGAAUACUAUUUACCUCCCACAUAUCUUGUAAGCUAAAAAGCCAUAAACUGCAGCCUAUACUUACAGCUUACGCAGCAGAAUUCUCACAGCGUGACCUGCAUUAAGUGGUGUUCGGUGUACGUGUAUGUAUGAAGACAGUAUUUCUAAAACGCCGGCGACUGAAGGAGCACGGUUUUUUUCAAUCACUACUCAUGGAUAACCGACCUUGAUUGCCCAGCCCCAAACAACCCCACUAAUUGCGUCUACAUUAGCGCUAUCGCUGUGACAAACCUUUCGUUUUGCCUGAUGAAAAUACUUCGAAAUGCAGAUAUGUUUAAGCUGCAGGCGAAGGAUAUUUCUUUCGUACUUAAGUUUUAAUAUAAAGCAUGCGAUCUGAUAACUUAUAUCGUUAUUUUUGCGUAUGGUUGUGUCAUCAGUAAAUGAUGAAAUAAAAUAGAUAGAAGGAUGCCGGCACUGAGGGUAAGUAUUCUGUGUGUAGUCAUUAGGGGAUGGUUAGCGAUUUGAUAAAAUAAUGUCCAGAUCUGUUUGAAUCUUGCAUUGUUUUGAAUGCUUAUGCCAGAGACGUCAAGGGUGGCAUCCCUCUGCUAUAGUCAGCUGCAGUCCCGUCAAAGUUCCCUCCUCCUGUGGGAAUCUUUGUUCUACCGCUACUCAUCCAACGGCUGAAAAUAAAUCUAUAUUUGAUUAGGUUUUUAAUGGCAGACAAAGUCAAAUUUUCAAUUAACAUAUUUGAAGGGCAACUUUUAGCUUCCGACCGAUGCACGUUCCCGAGUCGUGUGGUUGACGAUACUCUGAACAUGAGCAUGUGGCCGAGCGGAAAUGAAUGGGUCGCGGGCUUAGAGUAAACGUCAUUUAUCUUCACUGCUCCCGCAUACCUCGUUAUCCGCGUCCUGAUAAAUUUCCCACCUUCUCCGAUGCCAAAUGUUAUAACAGGUACUGUGGCGCCUGGAGAUUUUAAAACCUACUUGAUAGGAUCUAGUAUUUACCUCAGUUCUAUGCGUGGAUCGGGUAUAAGUUAGUCCGACAGAUAGGUUAUUUCAUAUAAGCUAUAGAAUAAACAUCCCGCUGAAAUCCAAUUCCCAUGCCUUUGAAUGCUUGCCAUUGUGGCUGGCAAAAUGGUCGAGGCUUCAACAGUGUUUAGAAGUGAGUCCGACAUAAAGUCUCCUGUCCGACUAGUCCGCAAGCAAGGCAUAUAUCCAGCGUUUUUUUUCCACCGAGCACUUAAAGUGUAACGUAAAAAAUCAAAGCGCAUUCGUAACGAUAACAUAACGUCAAUAAACCGCAAAGGUAACGAGAGCGAACGACAUAAAGAAUCAAUUAUUUCACCGUUAUAAUACGCGUAGCCCACUGUGAGAAUGCAGAUUGUUUAAACAGUGUGCCGUUUAUCUGACGGCAAAUCGGUGUACAGCAUAUAUAUUGCCUUGGUCAUUUGAACCUAUUUUGCGGCGAACGUAACGUCUUAUUCCUGACUUGCGUCAACCUCUGCAACCAUACAUUCGACUUCAACAGUCACCUUAAGUAUUCCGUUGUAUGCGCUUCAUCAGCUAUCAUCUAUUUGCUCGACAGGCAUACCCAAUCAUAUGUCCUUUUUACCUGUCUUAUUUCCUACGGGGCUUACGAGGUAGUUUUCAGAUAGCAAAGAAUUAUUCUAAUAGUUUGAGGGCAGAGCGCGUCUUAUUGGUUAUUCUUCUUUUCUUACUUGACAUUCAACGUGAAAUUGUCGCUUACUAGGCCCAAAACUCGAAAUCUAACCGAACGGUAUUGGCGCAAAUAUAUCUGUAAGUUUAGUACAGAAUGAACCAGGAUGGACAGAGCAAACGGUAAUACUAACCAGUGCCAUUAAGCCCAAUUGUUGUGUAGGCAAAUUUGGCCAUUAGUUCACGUCCAGUUACAGACGGUUCAACAUUUGCACCCAUUCUUAUUGAAAAAAAUACUUGCUCAGAAGAUGAAGAUGCGCUCGCUGGAACAAGAACUUUAUUGGCCUGACGCUUCGGAUUCUCUUUCGAAUCCGUCAUCAGAGACAUUCGCAGAUAAAGGUGAGGGUGGCACCAGGAGUGCAGCAUUUAUAGCACGUGGCUGCCGUGGGACCGUAUGUGCACUGCAAAUAACAGUUCUCGCAAUCACCGCUGGGGUCGUAAUUCAUGCGGUGGUGGCUUGUCGGUCCGAGUCCGAGUCGUUACUUGCCACGAUUGCGUCAUCCGUGCUGGAUGCUGGUGUGACGAUUGCUCGGCAAACUGGCUCAUUGUCACUGUGAUAAUCGCUCGCCCGCGCCCUCCCCACGUGACUGAUUCUCCUGCCCAGGGAAAAUUGCAGCAUGGAAUAUGGCACCUGGAGGUUAUUGUGCUUGUUGAUGGAUUGCGGGCCUGAAAACCAUGACUCGAACAGAUCGCGGCUCACGCGGUUGUCACCCCUUUCGAGGAUUUCGGUCUCUUGAAAUUUGAAGAUAUGGCCGGGUCCCGUCGAGUGUGCCGCUACCUGAGAGUUAGCGUCUCCCCGCCUCACUGCUGCUGCGUGCUCGGCAUUACGCGUGCGGAGUAAUCUCCCAGUUUCUCCAUCAUAGUUGCUCUGUCCGCAACUACACCAGAUCUGGUUAACGACUCCAGACGUUUCCUGCCGUGGCAGCGGGUCUUUUGGCCUUAUGACUUGGCCCCUGAUGGUUGCUUCCGGCCUGUGUGCAACCCCAACUCCAAGUGGUGUGAGAAGACGACUCUCUUCCGAUGUGCUCCCGGUCACGACCGUGACUUCACCAGAGCAAACGCUAAAGCUUCGGUCAAUUGAAGGAGUGGACUCGUCAGCUGUCAGAACCAUACGCAUACUGUGCCGCUUGUCAUUAUUUCCCACGACAGUAUUUCGUUAUCUAUGUUAUGCUGUUAUGUUUCUGACCGGCUGAGCAGGGACAAAACAGGUAGGUUCUGCGGACAAUACUGUCUCCGUUAUAUGAUAUGGAGUUACAUAUUAACCUGCUUAUUAUAACUGAAAAUAAACGCCAUCAGCAUGGAACUGCUCUUUAAUUAUGACGAUCCUCUGUUUGUUCGUCUUUCGCUUGAUGAAGCCAUCCUCCCUCAUCGCGUAAGUUGUUACAAUUUUGCCUUCGAAAUUAAAUAACAAAUAUGACAGGUACUUGAGGCCAGUAUCUUAUAGGGUAAGAACUGGACUUGUAGAACCAACCAUUCGAGCACACCUGAUAUUAUGUUUAAUUAAUGACCUCCAUGUAUUCUGAUGAUCAGUACAUUCGCGUGCAAAUGGCAGUUGUCUAGAGGAAUAGUACAUGUUGUCUCUGUCCUUCUGUCUUCCCGUAUGUCUCUGUUAAGGCCUCCACAAAGGCGGUUUGGAGGGGGUAACUUUUUGCAUCUUGUACCCGCGAUUGGAUGCCAUCGUCUGUAGAUAAUUAUUUAUUUGGGCUAAGCCAUGUUUGCUCUCCAUUUAAACCCAGGUCAUUGAGAGGACAACUACAUUCGCCAGCGACUUCUUCAGCAUACUAGCGCCGUUCCAUAUGCAACCUCAAAGCCGAUGAGCUGUGUAAUUUUAAAGUGUCUGUAUAAUAAGGCAGACGAGGUUCAGUGAAAGUACUUGCACAUAACUUACUACCCGCACCGGCUAGGCAAAGGAAUACGAGCCCGAUCGCAAAACAAGUUGCGUUACCGGAGAGUUAAAGUAAUGAUGAGUGAUAAUUUAAGUGGUAUGAAUGUUAGGGAGCUACGCGAAGCCCGGAUGGUCCCACAUUUCCGUAUUCAACCACGGUGCCUUUGAGCCUAUCAGGUCUCGAUUUGCGCUUGCUAUUUUUUCUGGACUUUCAAAAAUUAUUUUUAAAAAAUGCUCCAUGAUUCAAGCAGCGAUUCUUAUGCGCACUUACAGGACUUUGUAGAACACCUUUCUAAACCACCUAUUUCAAAUCAUCUUGCCUUUUCCAAGCAGCCCUGUGACGGAAGAGGCUUCCUGGCGUCUCUUAACAAGUCCAGUUUGGAAUUUUUUCUGCCGGCAUCCUUUAGGCACCGCCUGAAGAUACAGCAAUUUAGUGGCAUGCCCAACUAGAGCAGGCCCAUAAUGCUGGUCCGUCUAGCCACGAAUUAAUCUGGUCACGCACCCUUCAGACUGUUGGAUGAUGGACCGUCUAAUUCACCCCGCUUCCUUUUUGGGAGUUCAUCACGAAAUAUUGCAAAUAAAUGGGUGCAAUUCGGAUUUUUAGACGAAAAAGCCCAACAUCAUUUCAGAUACUUUUUGUCUUUUAAACUGUUAAUCGAAUUAUCCAGCGCCCAGACCUGACUCUGCAUUAUUCAGACGAAAGGUUUCAUAUUUCGCUCAUCACUGCAUGAGUAUUUCCAAAACUGGUAAAACGUCGUAUGCAUUAACUAAAAAGACCUAAUCUACGGUAGAGGUUAAUUUAAUUUAAAACAGAACUUUGAUAUCUAGUUAAACUAAAGUUCUCUACUAAUAGAUAGUCAAUUAUUAUUUUGUCUUCCUUAGUAAAUAUGGACCUCAUUAUUCUUUUCCAAACGAAUGCUUACCUAUGCCAGAAUCCCAGCUUAGACUCUGUUGAUAAUAGUGAGUCUGUUCAAAUGUUUAGGAAAUCGAGCAGAUAGGUAUUGUUGCAUUGCUCACGUAAAAUUCUUGCUAACCGGGGAGACGUUAAAGGUUUCUUAAAACGGUUUUUACCAUUCCACGAAAGUUGGAGUCAUCACAAAGAAAGCUUUCGUGCUUUAGUUUUUUUAAACUACAAGUACUUAAGUUCAUUACCUUUUGAACACGUUUUUUUAUAAACUUCAGUUGUCCGUGGGCAUUAUCCAGGCCACUGGCCUCCCCGCUAUGGACAUGUGCGGCACCUCCGACCCCUACGUGAAACUCUUCCUACUGCCGAAUAAGAAAAAGAAGUUUGAGACCAAGGUCCACCGAAAAACACUGAACCCAGUAUUUAAUGAGACUUUUGUUUUUAAGGUAAGUGAGGUAUCUUCCGUAGUUCUCAGCAACUCUAUGGACAGCCCCUUUGUUUACUUUCGUAAUGUGUACGACCCGGAAAAGUCAAUUUGAACGAGCUCUCAGGCUCUGGUCUGAUGAUUAGGUAGAGAGAAGAUUCAGCACUUCAUUAUUGUCUUAUCAAAGCUUGUUUAUGUAAGCAAUGGUCUGACAUUCGUCUUCAUAACCGAGGCGCCAACUACACUCCUCAUCACCGAUACAGGUAAAUUUGUGGUGGAAGGACUAAACGAAUUUUGUUUAAGUUUAAUGUGAGGGACAGUGUUUGUUGCCCAAUAGUGUUCGUAAUCGUUAUCGAUUACUCGUAGGAGUGUAAAGGCGCAAACGAUCGUUUGCUUCUGAAAUAGCUGUUAGAUUUUCUGUAUGCUCAAACGCUUGUUUGUACUGAGAGUUUGAAAACAUGCGCAGACCUGCCACGCAACGGACUAGGUUAAAAUGCGCUUCUAACAUGUUAAAUCGAACGGCAUGCGUUUUUGAACUUAUAAUUAACGAGAAUCAAUUCGAAGAAAGUGAAAGAUAAUGAAAUUUUGAACAAUUUUUAGAUCUGAACUACGCUUUUUGUCAGAUACGUUUUAACAAACUAAAUUAAAAAAAAACAAUAAAGAGGGCGGUAGGCUUAAAUAAAUUUAUUCACAAUUUAAAUUGAUGGCUAUCCUAUAACUGUGCAUCCAUUUUAAUAGAACAGCCCUCAACUUACCCACUCUCUUCAUUCGACAAUUUAUGCCUUUUUGCGGAUGAUUGGCGGAUCUGACAUUAGCCUACUUGAGAACGCAAAAUUCUGAUGGAUGUUUGUGUGAAACUAAAAGCUCUUGGCAGUUCCGAUGAUUGCUUGGGUUUUUUUAUCUGGUGAAGGUGUUUUAAUAUUUCCUUAGUUUCAAUAUGAUCGCCUUGCGAACGCGUAUAUGCAAGUAAUGACCUAGCUCUACAUUGACCAAGAAAAAAAUAUACCUCUUAAUGGAUUCGGUAUUUGAGGGCCACACCUAAGUUGUGAAUGCCCCCAAAUCUGAGAUUAUCGUUUUUGGAUGUCAAAAUUAUGGCCAGCCUCCUCGGUGUGUAUAGCACGCUGUGGCUGUGGGUGCAAUCAGAUAUCUGCUAAUGUUUUUUGCUGGGCGGGUCCAACAUUUUUUGCUCUGCACAUCCCAUUUGCUGUCUGCGUUAUUGUAACAUGGGCUUUAGAUAACUGUCGCGGAUUCCAUAAAUGGUAACGUAGAAAAUUACCCUCCAAACAUCGGGUUGUUUUCGGUUGGUCGGUGUCUGUGGGUGUCACAUACUGCGUCUCCUUUGCCUUUCUUCAUCCUUUGAAGAACAACCUUAAUAAUUAAGCCUGCUCGUGGAAGCCUUUAAUUUGUUUCUGCAUCUGCCCGGUAAAAGAAGAGUUGGUUCUUCAGUGGAAUCCUAGGACCUCGAGGAACUAUUUUGAAUGUAAAGGAUUAUUUCUCCCAUCGUAGCUUUCAGAUAGAAUUGGACUCUCAAAGUUGACCGUUGGUCGUCGUGGAAUGCAGGCGGUAUAUAAGUCUGGUGCUGGAUCAAGGGGCAUUAUUCUUCUUCCUUUGUGAUAUUUCUUUCCUUAUGUUUUAGUUGGAAUACGCCGAAAUAUCUGCAACGACACUCGUCAUGCUAAUCUUCGAUUUUGAUCGCUUCUCCAAGCAUGAUCAAAUUGGACAGAUCAAGAUCCCUCUUGGUUCCAUCGACCUCUGUCAGACUUUAGAGGAAUGGCGCCCCAUCGAGCCCGUAGAGACUGAUAACGAUCGCGUAUGUCUUAAUUUGUUCUCUUGCUUUACAAACGCGUUUUCCUACCACACAGCAAGUAUUUUUCGAAGAUUGUUUCUUACUGACAACAGAAUUUAAUUUAUUCGUGUUAAGGACACCUCUAAAGAGCUUUUAUGUAUCAACCGCUUGUUACUGUUAGCUAGAAUUGUUGACGAUUGCUAUCAAAAACGUAAGACUUUUGUGCUCUUCCCGAUCGCUUAGUCCUCCUCUGCACUUAUCCACACCAAAUUACAAUUUGCUAAUCCGUGCUAACAUUUAAUUCAAAAAGAUUUUUUAAAUUUAGUGAAUUAGAACAACAGUCGUUAUCAAAAUACAUGCACCAUUUUAACGAUUUUCAGAGUUCCCUUUAAUUGCCCUAUGCUAAUUCAAGGCUUUUAUCAUCUAAAAAUACGAACUUAUCAUUUCUGCCGACUAAAGAAAGAGUUGAGGUGAGCGAAUAAACAUUUAAAAUGCACUAACGGGCUGUAAGGGUUACUUCAAGCAGACCACAAUUUGUCUUUGCAUAUGAGACAACAACCCAGACCUGUGCUGUCAUUUGAUUGCAUAAUGAAUUUCGGUAGCUUUAACGCAUAUAUGACAAAUGCAAAGGCUUGUAUAAUGUGCGCUGACACGUUUGGUUUGAAACCUUAAUGUAAAAAAAUGUUAUCAUUGAAAAACACUUAAAAAGUGCAGAAAUGGAUUGUUACGCAGAAAAAACGUGCGUCCUGAGAAGAAAUCAGCUGCAUAAAUGUUACCUCACUUCGAUAGGGAUUGGUAACCAUUUAGACUUUAGGGACGAUAACCUAAUUAAUUGCAUGCUGGAAUGUUUACAUGUUAGUCUUUCCAGCAGCAUAGUAUUGCUGUUAGCCGUUUUUCGUUUAAUGCAAAAUAUGUUUUGGUAAAACUUUAUCAUAAACCAAAGAAGUUGUUUUCAUAUGCAUUGCUGAAAGUACGCAAAACGUAGGUUUGACUUUUUCUAAAAACUUUGUUUUUAUGGCGAAACCCUAAUGAUGCUUGAUGGAGUUCCCCGUGGCUCAGGCCGGAGUAACUGAUCAGAUAUUAAAAACUAGAUUAAUAUUACCAUAACAUGAAAUAUUUCGAAUCACAAAUUGCUUACAAAUACAGCUGUAUUAACGGGAACAUGAAUUAUUGUAAAAUAAGUCAGAACUCGAAAAGGCUAUAUAGAGAUUUCAAUGCAUAGUACUAACAAAUUGAAGCUGUUGCUGAGUUUGCUGACGGCAGCCUUCAAAAUAACAGAUUUUAAACCAGUUCCUACUAGGUCUGCAAUUUCGCAUGGGCCAACCAGCAAUAAGAACACUUUAAUAAAUCUCUCAUCGUACAUCUCGUAAAUCUCCAACUGUGUAUUAAGCGAUGUAAUCUUCCUGAGUUGUUUCAUUCUGCCUCCUUAACCCGUAAGCAUAAUUGUGUUGUUGUCGAAAUGUAAAUUAAAUAUCUGCCUUUGUCGUUUCCUUGUUACAACACUGCCAGUUAGCUGUUGACGUUCUAAUGUCACAGUUGAUAGAUUUCAGCAGAUUGAUAAACCUGCCUAUGAUGUAGCAUUUAGUGCGUUUUAAAUAACAUAAUCUACAUCUGUAUUGGCGAACUACAUAAUAAAACAAUCUGCAUUAAGUGUGCUAAAUCGUGCAAUGUUAACCGAAAUUCUAAAUGCGUAUUUCACUUGACAAGAUUACCUAAAUAAGGUCGCAAUAUUAAUUACCGUGCUGAAUAAUCCCAAGAUAUUUUAGUUGUUUUGAAACAACAGCGUUUAAAUGAACUUCUUUUCGACUGCCUGAAAAAAUGCGCACUCUAUAAAAGAUGACUACUCAAGUAGAAUGACAUUUUUAUUUGGUUUUCGGCAACCUUUAUAAUUCAAUUACACAUCACAGAAAACAUUCUUAACAAUAUUCAUUUCUUUGCCCAGAUGGUAGAUAAUUGCGUCCCCUUUAAAUGUUAUACUUUAAAAAAGAGCAUGAUUCGGUUUUUAAGAUGUUUGGAAUUAGGAGAUGAUUUUAAGACCGUGAAUUACCCGUUCAUAAAACGUCGUUUCUCUGCAUAUGCUAAUGUUGCUUGUAAAGUUUACAAUAUGGUCCUUUUCCACAGCUAAUUUGAAUGAAAUCCACAUUGUUUCGUCUCAAUAGGAUAGAGGGAUCUGCGAUUUUCCGUAAACGGAAAAUGUAUAUUCUGUAGUUUGGAAACCCUAGAUGCUGGUGCAACAAAAGGUCGUAUUCAAAACCAUUUUGGAAUUGCGAAUGUUCUUCUAAACCGAACAAUUCAGGCACAAAUUUGAAGCAGACAUCCUUUGACCAAAAAAGUAAAAGAAAAAGUAUUUUAUAUGCGCCCCCUACGACAUAUUUACCAAGGCAUCGAAACUCAGUAAGAAAAAUUAAUCCGACAUAAGUAGUCAUUUUUACAGUGUGUUUUUCACAGGCAAUCGGAAAAGAAUUUAUUCGAAAACCAACAUUUGAAUCAACUGGCAUAUGAUAGGAUUAUGCAAUACCGUAAUUGUUAUUACAACGCCAAUGAAGUAGUCUUUUCUAGUCGAAAAUACAUUUUGGGAUUUCGGUUAACAUUUCUUGAUUUAGCGAAACUGAGCGCGAUCUCUUAAGGUUAUGUCGAAUUAAAUACUUGUUUUAUUUGAUACAAAGUGCCAUUUUACUGCACAGACACAAUUUGUUUUCUUCAAAGGAGAAUCGUUUGGGUGAUAUUUGCUUUUCCCUACGGUAUGUGCCAACAUCCGGUCGGCUUAAUGUAAAUAUUCUGGAGGCAAAGAAUUUGAAGAAAAUGGAUGUGGGCGGUUUGUCCGGUAGGUUGCCCGUUCUCUUCUCACUGCCUCCCUAAUGAUCCAUAGUUAUAUUGACUGAAUAAAUAUUUUGCUGUUGUCAAUAUUUCCAAUGCAAGGGUAAUUCCACAUAUAAUUGAUUACGCUUAAACUAGUUUUGCCGCGUCGUAUGUUAUGAACGCCCCAUUUUCUAUUUAAAGACAGAUGUUAUUGAGUUUAAGCCGUCUUGACAACCAACGGUCUGUUUUGCCCACUGAAAUUGUUGUUAAAAUUUACCUCUGCAAACACAGUUUUUAAUAAUGUGUCUAAAGUAUGUGAUAAGCAGAAAUGCGUUUUGCUGUUCCGUGGUUAUAUUUCUUUACCAGAUUUUCACUUUUACAUGCCCGGUUGUUUUUUUCUUAUGCAAAGUAUUAAAGACCGCUGUAAUUUUAUUUCUGACUAGAACGGAAGCAGCUGUGAUUAAGCCGAAGCAAGUGGCACUAUAACUUUAGCCUUCUCAAGACAAAUAUCGACAAUUUUAUUAGGUUUAACCAAUGUGAAAGCAUGCUAAUUAGGCCUAAGCUAAUCGUGCUUGAACGUGGAAGGAACUGUAACACGUGUUUUACCUCCAAUUUUUUUUAAAAUAUUUCCACGCUUGAAUUACUGCUUGUGCAACGCAACAUGGGUUUCUUCCUGAUCGCAUUGCUAAAACAACUGAUCACUGUAGCACAACGCGUAUUGGACACUUCGAAACUUUAAGCUAGAAAUCUAGACCUUUUUGACAACGAACUAAAAUGUUACAUGACACGCGUGAUUUACAGGUUUUCUGCCCACUCUGCAUUUAGCGGAUUCGUUCAUCAUGCCAUCAGGCUCGUAUUCUUGGCUCUCUGUGGCCAGCAUUUGGAUCACCUGGGCUCAAACCCCGUUACGCGUCCCUGCUGCCUCAUGAAUGCUUUCUUUUGAAAGUUCCGAAGAGGGUAUCAGACAUGCUUAAGUAAUCCAAUAAAAUUAUAGUUAUUCAAAGAGCUUAAGAAUCAGGGUGCCCUCAUUUUAAUGGCUCGGAUGUGCUUAUGUAAGCCCACCUGCAGUAAACUGUUAUGAUCCGGAAGGAAGGUAGGACGGGAAGGAGGACAAGCAUUUUAUUGAUAACUUGCGGACACUAGGGGUUGCAACUCAUAAGAGAGAUGCGCCAUUUAUAUUGGCUCCUGUGUGUUCUGGAACAUUCCGUCCAAUGACGUGCCAGCCCGGGACGUGCUGGUCGCUGAUUGGCCGCCGUCUGCGCAAAAGCCCCCCCCCCGCGGAAACGGUUGUAAUAUGUCCGACCAGUCAUUGAUUGGGCCGCACACGUGAGCAAAGCCACCACACGUGCUCGGCGCUGCAGUGCACCCCGGUCGGCCGUCUAACUUCCCGCGUGUCUCACGUCGCCGGCUUGGUUCCCUGUUCAGCGCCUUAGGCCGUGGCUCUACGCUGCUUGCACUCUCUAUAACAUAAACAAACCCCAGUCACCUCUAAUACGGAACCGGUGGUAAUAGGGGUUUUUGCAGGUGGGGUCGGGGAACCAAAAGGCGACUAGUUCAAGUAGUUUUAUGCAAAAGAAAAGCUAUUGGGAAUGCGCGGUUGUACUUUGAAUGGUUGAGAAAUAGUUGCACUUAUCCCUAAACCUGACCCCUCUCCAUAGCCUCUCACCCUAAACCCUAACCUCUAGCCAUAACUCCUAAACCGAAUUCCUUACCCUAACCCUUAACUCCAAGCCCAGCAGUAUUGCGUUCUUCAGGUGGAGCAACCAAAUCACAUCUUACCCUUUAAUGAUUACUCGUUCAUAAAUUUAACUGAUAGGGAAUGCUUCGAAAUUCGUUCAGUUGUACAAUUACAAUCAGGCUGUGUGUACUUAUGCGAAUCGGUUUUAGUUACUAUCAAUGUUAAGCACCGUAAUACAUAUAAACCAGAUAAUAUAUAGGCAAUAAGUGAACAGUAGGUGGGCUACCUCAUGAAAUGUCAACCGAAAUUCCGAUCUGCGUCUUUGUUUUUAAAGGACGGGUUAAGUAGGAUUGUAAAACUAAUCAUUACGCUGCAAGUUACCUCAGGAUGCCGGCUUUUGAACGACCUUCUUACUGGCCGCAUGUGACAACCACACUCCGUAAAAAAUGACUACCUAUGAAGCACGCAAUUUUCUCCAUUCAUCUUUGAUUCCCUUUAACAUCUAAUUAUAUUUCAUGGAAAACGUGCAUGAAAAUAUUCAUUCUUUUACUCAUUCGGUAGAAAAUAACGUCUUCUCUCAAGUGGAUGCUCAAAGGAUUAGGAUUAUUUGGUUUUAAAAAGUUGCGGGAUUUUUUAUACCAUGAACUUGCCGGUCAUAAAACGACAUGUCCCUACAUUAACCAAUGUGGUUUGGAAAGUUAACAAAAUGGCUCUAAUCCGCAGCCAUAUUUUAUGAAACCCAUAUGGCUUCCUCUUAAUACCAUAGAGACAUUUAUGGUUUUCCGUACGCGUAAAAUAUGGGGCUUGUAGUUUGGAAACGGCACGUCGGAUUCAAAAUUAUCCGGCAAUUAGAGAGGUCUUUGAAAACCGAUUUACACCCUUUUUUCGAGUAAAAUAUUGGAAAGAGACGGAAUCUUCUACGGAAUAUUGUUAUUCAUCGAAAAUCAAAGAGAAAGCGACUUGAAGUUGCUUUUACUAGUCUUUUGAAGUUGUAAAUAAUUUUUGCAUUUUCUUGGAGCGUUCCAAUGUGGUUAUACUAAAAAGCAAACUUUAAACAAUAAAAUGUCGUCUAAAGGAAGGGUUUUCAUAUUUUUGCGUGGUAACCAGCUCUAUUCUACUGCGGGGCAUUGUUGAAGCCAAAGAUUUCGGAUAGAUUUUUUAACCGUCGAAAAAUCUCGUGUAAAAUGCACUUGUGCACUCCAUCGGCAGUUACUAAGAUGAAUGUGCUUCUGAGGCGAGGAGGCUCGUUCAUCUGCCCCUUCUAGAAAGCUCGGACGGCCAUAAAAACGUGCUUGGUGUUUAAGGUCUAAAGGCUCAAAGGCGGUGCAGGCAGCGGCAAACAGCCCAUAAUUAGAAAGUGCUGUUGCAAGCAAAGAUAAUUAUAAGCUCAUUCACCGUCACCUGCCUGAGACUCCACGUCCUGCGAGAUUAGCAUUUAACCAGUGCUUGAAUGUCAGUUUUUCAGGUUUGAGAACUUUGCAUGGUAUGGCAAUGUGACUUGGAAACCGGAAAUGGCACUCACAGUGUCUGCUGCAUCAGGUCCGACGUCUCAGCUGCAGUAGUCUUUUAGUGUAACUAAACACCUGCCAGAUAGACUGACUAAACAGUAAAUAAUUGCGGAGACAGCAGAAUACCGUCUGUUAAAAUAUAUUAAUCAUCACCGAACAAUAAAUUAUCAUCGUCUUUAAACAGGUUUCUGGAAAAUUGAAAAAAAGCUUCUAUUGACAAAAGUGAAGCAGCCGAUGGACUUCCACCUCGAUUUUAUGUUUUACCUUAAUGUUCAUUUCAUGCAAUAGUUCCCUUGAAGCCCUAUUCUUACGCAUUUCUGUACAAAAGCGGUUCAGUUUGUUUAAAAUCCUCAUCGAAGAUUUUAUCGUAAAACUGUUAGCGACAGCGGGCUGAGGUCGACCAUCGGUGCCAACGUAGUCCACUGUGUGCCCAACAACAGGGUAGGCGUAGGGGCCGUGACUUUAGCAGUGAGUAGUUGGUGGUGCUAGUGAACUUCCGUCGCACGUUCGUACCCUCUCCCCCCCUAUUGAGUCUCGUGUCAUUAUUUACUCAAAAUAGUCGGGAAAAGGUGGCUGGUACGGCAAGCACUCGGACUUCGGCAUGUUUUUAUUUCGUGCGAGAGGGGCCGAUUUCGUGUAUGCUGAACGGUUUCGUGUUUUACGCAUGUGAUGGUGAGGAGGAGGCAUGUAAUAAUAGAGUCCGGUCGGCGAUGUUAUUUGUAGUCUUCGUGAAUGCGUCCGUGAUUGAGUAGGCCGAAACUGAAUGUGCGGGCUCGAUGUGGCCAGUCGUGUGGUGUGCGCUAAGGGCAUGUUGGCAGUGAAGACACCGGUUCGACAUCCUCUGCGCGUAGGGGUAACCAGUGACCAACCAGAUCGAUGAGUGAUGCGUAUGUGUUGCGGUGGCGGUAUUGUGAAUAGGGUACGCUAGAAGGGUAACAAUCGGCAGAUGGCACUUAACAUAAUCCGCCUGACCAAAGCAGCCUGUCCUAAAGGACAGGUGGUAAGAGGGGUUUUAUGGGUGGUGGGUGGUGGGGAUGUACGAUACUAGCCGACGGAAAGCCUUAUUUGAACAAGUAAAUGAUCGAAGUUGGCUCUCUCUUCGUUCCGUUAUUACAAAAUGAGCCGCCAAAGGCAGUAUGGUGGUAACGGACGAUUGGAAGGCGUUUAAUCGUCUUCCCUCAGAAGGUUAUCUACAUUUCUCUGUUAACCACUCAAAGAACUUCAAGGACCCUACCACCGGACGGCACACCAAUGUCAUUAAGGCAUACUGGAGUAGACUGAAAAGGAAACUCUACGAGGGAUGCCCUGUACGUGGUCGAGCUUUGUGGACUCACAUAGACGAAGUACAGUAUCGUCUUUGGUUUGGCCUCAAUGCCAUGUCUUUGACAGAUGCCUGGGAACUGUUCCGUCCCAUGUGGUGCAGACUAAUCCUUUUUAAAAAUGAUUUUGUUUUGUAACAAACUACCAUAAUGGGAAUGUAUGCCGUAUAUUCAGGUGUACGUGUGUAACGAUGGGGAAGGUUAGGUAACAGCGACCAUCGUCCAUGUAACCUCCUGCGAUGUUCCUUCGGCCGGCCCAUUUUAGGACGUCAGGGAAAGUCCAGGUAGUUCGUGAAAGCAGGCCUGCAACCGCUGAUAUAGCCUGAAGGCGUUUGAGUCCACUUUUGAGGGUAUUAUUUCUAGGUCGUGAAUUUUUUUGGGUGCCAUCUCCCGAUUGUUACCGUUAGAAACUGGUGAGAUGGUUGCCAUAGUAAUGCUCUUAAUGGUGAUCUCACUGGGGAAAGGGAGAGUUAGUAGAGCUGGAGAUGGGAGAGUUGUUAGAUUGCAAGGUGUGCUGGUGUGUCAAUACGCCGGUGAAUCCCGCUGUUGUACCUACUCAUGCAGCCAGGAGGGUCUACGUGGUAAAUGAAUGCGCGUGCCAAUGAGGACAGUAGAGUCGAAUACAAACCAUGUAUAUCUGAGUCCCUGGUUCUGGUGUGCCGGUCGUAGCGCAAUAAAUUUGAAAGCGAUCAAACAGGCUGUUGCCUUCGCCAGGAGGUGCGAACGGGACGAGGAGAGGUUGGGAUUGAGUCCACAUUGCUGGCGAUGGGGCAGUGGUGUUGAGGGUAGUAACUGACGGGGCGUGGGAGCGUUCUCAUCGGUGCUGGGAGUUCACAGGGCGGUAAUCCGUACCACGGGUGUUAUGGCCGUGUGGGGGUAGACGACAGAGCAACAGAGGUGUGAUAAACGGUACCCUUGAUGGAUUAUGUUGUCAGAAGCGCGGUGGAAGUUGUCGCGGUCGGAACGAUAAGGGGCGUUAGAGCAGGCGAGGGAUAAAGCUGUCGGAUUUCAUUGGAUCCGGAGAUGAGUGACGAGGCCAAUAGGAGCGGAAAAUGCUCUUUCGCAGCAUAUGCAUUUUUAAAGGGGUGAGUGUUGACGUUAUGGUUCGGUGGCGCUUGAGACCUGAGAACCGCCACUUUGGCCUUGGUAGUGACGGCCCGGUUCGCUUCGUAAAUUGUUGUCCCAAUCUCCACUACAGUUCUGCAGGCUGUCUUUCCUGGGCGGGAUCAUCCUAGGUCUCCCUUCUGAUUUGCAGAUGCUUGCUAUAGUUUUUCAAGAUCAUCUUAUAGUUUCUUUCCUGCCCACCCCCUUGUCGACGAGACCCAUUUGCCACAUAACGGCAAACGAUUCGUCUAGGUAGGCGUUCGUCAUCCCUGCUCACGAGGCGACUGCUCCAACGCAGUUACAUUUACCUCAACAGGGCGUGCGUGCUGAAGAUUCCGGCUCCGUAAGCACUUAGGUUAGCAGCAGCUGAGAUGGAAUUGACUGGGUUUCCUGGCUUUCCUGUAGACACCCACUAGCAGUUCCUUACAUCCGGUUUCAGUUAAUGCCCGUGGCGAUUGUGUAGGGCGUCCUGCAGCCUAUUGAAGGCCUGGCUAGCCUUGGAGAUCCGUUGAACCACCACACUGUCGAUUUUUAUGCUGCUUGAAACCUAAAAAGCGAAUGUUAUUACUGUUUGGAGUUGGAUGCCGUUGCUCUUUGACGGCGAAAGUCACUGUACUCAUUAAUAGGCAAUAACGGGUGCAUGAUUAUUGCUCUAUCCCUGUUGCUAUUCGACCCUAGGUUAGCGCAUAGGGGGGGGGGAAGCGAGAAGAGGAAAGAACAGACGGAAAACAUUGCAUAAGCCACUCCUUAGCUCAAAAGGUAGCUCAACAAUCACAUCUACAUCCAUACCUAUGACCUUACCAUAUACCUUACCUUAAGUAGGUUAGUGGACUGAGCCCAUUUAUAAGCUAGUAGAUGUUAUCUGUAAGCUCUUGUCAGUGGCAGAACAUUCGUCGGCGAAGAGACAUUUGUGAUAAAUGACGCCUGCGCUCAUGUCCUCGGCGCCGACUUGCGUCGCGGCAAAAGCCCAAAGAGGACACUGGGGGGUCUUUUGGCUUUGCACGGCGGUAAUUUAUUGCCGCUGGCCGUUCUGCAGUCGCUAGUUUGGAUUUCAGGUCUGGAUCUCCAACCGGCCAAUAGGACAUCUUGGCAAACGUCAUUUAUAGUCGGAUUUGUGCACUCCGUCAUACAUCCGACGGGGUACAACAACAGAAACCAAAGAUGGCUCAGUGAGCAAAAUGGCUGGAUUUAUAAUCUUGCGCACAGUGACCGUGGUUUGGCGGUCAUUAAAAUCAGACAGUGUAAUUAAUGUACAAAGUGUUUUUUGCUACCAAUGCGCCCGCUUGUGGUAGCAGCUGCGUUGAUACCUUUGGCAUGCCUACGCGCCUGCCCAAACCAUUUCCGCAUGACACGAGCAAGAUAUUACACCACAUCCAUUAAAUGCAGAAAUUGUUCUCUACCACAAUCAAUAAUUCAUGCGUAGCGGCUCCUCCUACCCCACCUUACCUAGGGCAGUCAUAGUAAGUCCUUAGUUUAAAAAACGUAUUGGUCGAAUCUAGGGAAACCAACGUAUUUCAAAGUCACCUAUUUUAUCCCGAUCGUCACUGAGAACCAUGCGCGCAUUUUGUGAAGCAUAUUUACGCGUGAAUAUCAUUCCUUAUAGGAGAUGUGGUGAUGCAGCUGACGAAAUUUGCAAAACGAGGACAGCUUAAAUAGCCGCGAGGAAGAAUGUAGUAUUUCGAGUACACAGAUUGCGUAAGGUAGGGUGUAGGACUCCACAUAUCUAGCAACUCUGAUAUGCACACUAAGAUUCGGCAUGACUGCGAACACCAAUAUUCACUUUUUAAAAAUUAAUCAUCUUCUAUUUCUUAGAUUAUCGCACUUCCUUCGACAUCUGUCAGCAUACAAUAAAACGUUCGGCAGAAAUUUGCUUUUUCCGUUUUUAGCGUUUCGCUUGUUCUAUAUCCUGUGUCCCGCGUGUAAAACUCCUCUUUUACCAUUCAAAAUAUUGCAGGGUCCACAGAAUACAUCAACUUCGUAAGGUCUUACACCCUUUCCCUGCUGCAGUUUGCCUGCAGAACGUAGCUUUCGUCUUUUAUCGCCAACACUUUCUAAUUAAAAGAACGGAUAGACCACGUAAACUCCACUCUGAGGGCGUUGGCUGCGUUGAUAAGUGCACUAACUUUGACCAUCAAUAUGGAAAGCCGUCUGUUUCGACAAACCAUUAGACCGCGUUUGUAACCUCUGCCGAAAACAUUUAGCAGAGCUCUGUACAAACAUAUCGCUAACUGCAAACGAUUUGAUAAUGCAAAUAAACACCUAAAACGCUAACGCAGAGUAAACAGUCAAUUACGUUUAAUGUGACUCACAGUCUAAUUAGAAGCUUGAAAAUACAAGCAAAAAGGGCACAGAUGAUAGAUGGCAUCUCACGCGCUCCCAGAUUGAUCUUUUAAUUUUAUGCUUCAAAGUGUCUUGCCUCUCCAAAUAAAACAGAGUUCACAUAGGUUUUGAAUAUAAGAUCGUUGGUGCUAACAUAGUCAUAUUUGUCCUCCUAUAAGGGUUAGUUUACCCCAGAAGUAUGAGCUUUUAGACGAGAAUAGGAGUUCGCUAGAUGUUUUGACUAUAUGGUGGAAAAAACGGCGUUAAAGAUACAACGGGCAAUCCCGUCUUUUUACGGCAGAUUUCUAUCGCACAGCCGAUGCGCCUAUUAGUAAAUGAAAGCACUUAGCUUUGACGCAAAAAAAUUAUGCAUGCUUUGUCUCGUUGAAAAACGGUUUUUUCGUCGUGCUUGUUUGUUCACAGAAAGGGACAUUCUCUUAUACUCCGAGGGCAAGUCAACUAAAAUCACCUUCAUAAAAACAAAUACAUUCAACACAAACAAAUAUUAUCAAAUAGUUAGUAGGGUAACUUUCCAACUUAUGCGUUUCUUUACUCCAAAAAGCCUAAACUAACGAGAUGUUAUCUUUUAUUUUUCUAGAUCCAUACGUGAAGCUUUCACUAAUGUUGCAAGGACGAAGAAUAAAGAAAAAGAAGACAACCAUUAAAAAGUACACAUUGAACCCGUAUUACAAUGAGUCCUUCACUUUCGAUGUGCCUUUUGACCAUAUUCAGGUAAAACUCAUUUGAUUUUUUCUAAAUAGUUCUCUUGCUCAAAUACGCGACUCAACGAUAGACUUCCUUUGGUCUUUUUUGGGGAUUGUAGCAGAAAAACAGUCUGUGUCCGCAGUUUAAGGUGUAAGGAAGAAGGGUUUUUUGCGUGUACUGCGGCUCCUCACAAAACCGUACGAAAGCCGAAUAUCCGCUUGAUGUGUUCAGUAAGGCAUUACUCUCCUCAAAAAAUCAAUAUCAGUUCAAAUUAUGCGACAGCGUACUUUGGCAGUACAGCAGAUGUGAUAGAUCAGGAUAUGAAAGCAGAAGUUAUGGAAUGGUUUUUUUGACUUAAAAAUGAUACUAUGGUGGAGUUUUAUUAAUAGCAAUCAUGUAGCAUAGUUCAAUAUUUUCUCGUCUAUGUCCGGAAUGCCUCCUAUUAAAGGAGCGUCUUUUCGGUCACCUUUGCAAUAUGCAUUCCAAAGGAAUGAUUAAUUACGCAGUAUGGAUGUUUCGUGUUGAUGCUCGAUGUCUCUUUAAAUUUAAAAGUCAUUUUUAGGGAAACAUUGAGCCGAAAGAGGACACUAUGGUAUACCCGAAAUAUAUUUGGACUAUGCCUCACGAUAAUCAGUCGUACAACACGUUUUAACUGACGACAGAUCGAAAGCACAUUCCCAAAUAUCGGUUGUCGUUUUUGGUACAGCACACCAACUGUAAUUUUAGUCCUCUAACCGGCCCUAAGGAAUACUAGCACACCCAGCCUUAUAUGAAACUGUUACAGUUGCAAGUAUAGAUAACUAUGCUUUGAUAAAAUUGUUUACUUUGACCGGGUCUAAUUAAUUUUAAAAAAAUAUUGACUGAAUGAAAAACCAAUUUAUAGGAGACGCUUUUGAAUACCACACCUGUGGAUAGUAUUUUUAAACUUUUCUAUGCGCCAAGGUUUUACGUGGUAAUGGAAUUCAUACAUUCAAACUGUGAAAAGUCAGUUUGAUAAAAGUCUGUGGUAUAAACCACGUCGUAAAAGAGUGCACUAUUGUCAGGGAUAUUAUUUUGUCAAUGACAAUUUACUCGAUCGAAAUACGGUCAUCCUGUCUGCGUAAAGUCCUUUUCACCUAUUAAACUGCUUUCCACAUUAAAAUAUUUGUGAUGUUAUAGUUAUGUUAUGCUUUCGGCAGUGAUUUACGUUACAAUGAUUCGUGUUCGCUAGAUGCACUAAAUUGUCAUGCGCUCUUUGGCGACUAGAAAUCCAAACACUUAGCAUCCUUCUUCAGCUAAGUGAAGUUUAGUGUCCCUGCGUGUCUACGUCAUAGGGAGGCUAUGUCUGCAUGGGGGUCAUUACAUUAUGGCCCGGUGUUUUAUAGUCUCAUUGACUCUUUAGUUGUCAAUAUUGCCAGGCCAGACCUUCAAGUGCAACUGACAACUCUGUAAGCUACAUCUAACUUACACCGUUCAGUAUCUCAUUUAGAGCUAAAGGCAUUUUUAAUUAAUAUCCACAACUGCGGCUGUAAAACGCAUUGGGCUAGUAAAUACCGGCCGAGUUCUGACGUAGUGGUUCCAUAAACUUUCGAUGCCUUUCUUCCAACCAGCGUUAUCUUGUCCUGUUUUGGUUUAUGUUAGAAAAAGCAAAGAGAUAUCUCCUUUACCAAAGAGCAUUUGGACAGUCAAACAUAAAGUUGUUUUAUGCAUUUAACAUCCCCAAUCUGUUUACUGUAAGACAGUACGCAGAGGAUAGACAAAAAACGGAAAAAUUGGUCACUGGAUAUCCGCCUGUCACUGAUAAUUCCGGCUUGGCUUUGAAGGGGCAGUCGAGUGGAAUUCUGGCGGUGGAUUUUUAGCUCAUUUGCCCGUACAUGAUAACUUACGCGUGCAUACUAAUAAACAACAAAAAAACGGUACAGAAAGCAGGAUUGGCUUUCAGAUAAGACCAAUUGCCUGCACUAGCCGACGCCAUAAACCGGCGCGUUUUUUCCUGUAUUCGUGCCGGAAGGCAACACUAAUUCAUGUGCACAGUUUCCAUCACUGCGUAAAAUACAUGGACCAGUGACACGGUUGAAGGAUUGUUACAAUCGUCUACGUUAUGACCAAUUGAAUUUGGUUGCAAAAGUUACACAUCUCCGACAUUUUUGCAUCGGUUUGCGAGGCUAAUAUCGGUCACAAAAGAAAAAGUGGCAUCUUAGUCUAAGUUUGAGUUUACCGUAAGCAGUACACAUCAUUGGUGUUUGUGUACAACCGCUGAAUUAGCCUGAGCAGGAUUAGAUCUUCACAGCACCACCAAUGAUAAUACUUCAUUUUGCAGUCGGAUCCACAGAAUGACAGUUCAGGAGUUAACCAACGACUAACAGUCAGAUGAUCUCAGAUGAACUUAGACAAUCCAAAGAUCCCUCGGUGGUAAAGGAAUUCAAUGGAUUCCUCAAGUUUAACACCGGACUUGCGAAGGCACAGGUGACAAGCAAAUUCUUAUCAGGAUGUACUGAACAGGGUGAACAUCUCAAAUACUACUGACAAAACUUAUGAAGAAAUAAUACCGCCGCAACUUCAACUGCAUUUAAACGACAUGCAAAAGCCACAUUGAGACAGUUAAUGCCAGGAUUAAAGAAUUCUACCGGAACUUGUGUCAGAGAGCAGGGGUCUUUGACCGUCUUGAAAACUACGAGAGACUGGCAUUUAAAGACUAUGCAGAGGCAGUCAGAAUUAAAAGAAUAGAGACCAGGUGGACUAAGCUCCUACGAAGCGUCCAGUCAGUAAAUGCUCAGACCGUACUUCCGAACAAUCCGAAACGGUACGUACAUAAAUAUUCCUCAGAACGUCUUCAUAAAGCUCUCCUAGAAGUACUAGCUCUUAGCACUAAGUUUUGUAUUGCACGGUGGAUGUCGAAACAGUUAAAGCUGGAAAUCCAAUCUGAGAGUCUCUUUAGUCAGACCACAGAUCUAAAACUCAGCGCUCCUAAAGAAAUUGAUUGUCUCUGGUCAACUGUAGUUAACUGCUCCCAACAGUAUCUAAGGAAGGCUCCGAUAAGCGAAGGUUUCUUGACAAGGGCUCACAUCGAUAGCCUUAGGGAACUUUGCAAAAAUAAAGACAUUGUGCUAACCAGACCAGAUAAGGGUUCAGGAGUAGUACUGAUGGACAGAAAGGAUUAUGUGGCAAAACUAGAGGAAAUACUGUCGGUUUGUUUCAAAUCUUCAAAAUUCGAGAAAGAUAAGGAUCACACAGAGGCUGUCGAGGGCCAGUUGACGAAUAUUCUCAAACAUCUCUGCAAAGAAGGUCAUUUGUGUAAUAAAGAGUGUGAAUGACUGAGGCCGGUGGGCACGACAAUAUCAAGGAUGUACGGUGUUCCAAUAAUCCACAAACAGGGGAUGCCUCUACGUCCAACCUUGGAUAUGAGGAAUCCACCCUAUCACGCCGUUGGAAAAUGGUUAGUGGAUAGACUGAAUCCACUGCAAGGUCAUCUGUAUCCUUGAAGUCUGAACGACUCCUUUGGGUUCGUUGAAGCUAUAAAAAAUAUUAACGUUAGCGGACAGAGGAUGUUAUCACUGAAUGCAUUAUUGCUGUUUACCAACGUGCCUGCGUAAGAAACGAUAAAUUAUCUUUAUGAUGUUAUUCCUGAUACGAUCUACCCCAUAGACAUGCCAGCAAAUACGCUUAAAGAACUACUGACGCGUUGCUAACAAAAUGUGCAGUUUCCGUGCAAUGGUCAAUUAUACAGACAGAUAGAUGGCGUGGCAAUGGACUUACCUCUUGGAGCGUUCCUUGCAAAUGUUCGUAUGAGCAAAGUCGAAGAAACACGAUUGCAAGAUACCAUUCAUUGCCUCGUCUUCUACGGUUGGUACGUGAACGACAUCUUCUGUAUGACGGAUGGUACCACCGAUAUCGACGACCUUGUCGAAAAGUUCAACAAUGCGCACCCCCCGCUAGGAUUCACUGCUGAGCCUCAGGCAGAUAACGAAAUUGCGUUUCUCGAUGUCCUUCUACACAGGCAGGACGAUGGGUCUAUCCAGCGCACGGUGUUCCGAGAGAGAACCUGAACAGAACAAUACGUUAAUUUCCACAGUUUCGUUCCCCUCAACAUCAAACGAAAUCUAGUCCAGGGAUUGGCAGCUAGAGUGAGGCGCAUCUGCUCACCUGAAGCUAUUGAAACAGAGUUUCUGCAGCUGCGAAACACACUCCGCGAGAACGUAUACCCAGAUAGAUUUAUCCUUCGAAAUAUUAGGGAACGCAUUGCAAAGCUCACUGUUGCCACUGCAGAAAAGAAAGAUGUAUUCAUAAGACUGCCUUCUGUAGGGGACGCAGCGAGCGAACUAAUCAGACGGCGCUUAAGUACAUCUCUCACGACAGCAUUCCCCGCGGCGAAUUUACAUGUAUGUUUCAUAAACUCUCCCCUUCUACGUUUGGGAGGUAAAGAUAGACUACCGUUGGAGGCCACGUCAGUGUGCAUCUACUCACUCACCUGCUGCUGUGAAGCGGGAUACAUCGGCCGCACAACGAGACGCCUGAUAAAGAGGGUGCGUGAACAUAUGCCCGCCUGGCUAGACAGAGGUGUGACCCGAUCGAUUUCAAGUUCUAUUCUCGCAGAUUUAAUCGAUACGGAUCACCGAGUCGAUGCCAAGGAAGCAUUUCAGGUUGUCUAUCGAACACCAACAAGCUUCUCUAAAGGCCUACGCCAACGGAUACUAGCAACGGCCGAGGCUGUGUCUAUACGGCUAGCGAAUCCGGGGCUAUGUGGUCAGAAAACCAUGACACAAGCGCUCUCUCUGCCGUGGCCAACGCCAACCUCAUGUUAUGAUGGCAUGCCGCCUCAAAUCCCUGAUUGCGGUGAUGGGUACUCCGUGUACUCAAUACAAGAACAUCACUCAAAAACCCACUUACCUCCCUCCCCCAGCCCUAAGGACCAAAGGCCACCGACGUUGUCAUGCAGGCGGCGUGAAGAAGAUGAGUGUUAAUGACUCAUUGCCCCUGAGACACCUAUAAACACUGUUGACUUUGUACAUUUUCAUUCUUUCAUUCAACUGUAUCGGCCUGGCGAAGAAUUACCGAAAACACGCGUUUGCCAACUUGACUUUUUAAGAUCUAAGGUGAGUUGGGUUUUAAAGAAGGAGACACGAUCGCUGUGAGAAGGGCUUUAUUAGCCUGACGUUUCGCGUUCCUGCUCGAACCCAUCAUCAGAGACAACAGCAGACACGUAUCUGCUGUUGUCUCUGAUGAUGGAUUCGAGCAGGAAUCCAAAACGUCAGGCCAACAAAAAUCUUGUCCGAGUUAUCGUGUCUUCUUCUUCAAGACUACUUCCUAGGACCCGCCUCUUCACUUCUAUUGGCAAUGAGUUGCGUUUAUCUGCCAACCACGAACUACUUGGCUGCUGAGCCGUUGUCACUGUGGAUUCCUGCGAAGCAAGCUGCCCAUCUCACUUAGAGACUACGUUUUUGUGACUUCUUAUAGCUUAAAAUGUAUUUGUAACCUAAAUUUAGCACAAUACUAAACUGCAUAGUAGCAGAAUUGGCCGUCCGGCGAGUGGGAUUUGCAAAUAUACCUCAAUGAGUAAGGAUCUUGCUUUAUGAAAACUUAAAAUUAACACCGGCAGACCGCUAUCUGAUCAUCUGAAUGCUCUGCAGUCAGGAACGUGCACUCUUUCUAAGGACUUCAUGUUUGCAUAAGGAUUGUCAAUGCUAAAGAUUCUUUUCUCUGACCGUUCUCGCCUUGUUCUUUACAUCGAUUUUGGUAUUUACAAAGAACGAUUUAAAGUCCACCGCAUUGUUCCCACUUUCAGAAGGUCAGUCUAAUCGUGACCGUCGUGGAUUACGAUAGGAUAGGAACCUCGGAGCCAAUUGGACGAGUCGUUUUGGGUUGCAACGCAACCGGUGCCGCACUUCGCCAUUGGUCCGAUAUGCUAGCUAAUCCGCGCAGACCGAUAGCGCAGUGGCACACUCUGCAGGAGAUGCCAGAACGAAACUGA